AUGAUCAAGGAUAUGGCGAGACUGCUAUCCUUCCUCCUUUUGCUCAUUCCCGUAAUAUGACCCUGAGGAGAUGGGAUAAGAGAUGCUGGAGAGCAAUGAGACAAUGCAGGUGCACUUGGAUGUACUGGCUGAGUAGUUGACACAGGUUACACCUGUGUCGGUGGAGACACCACUCACAGAGAUACUUGCUUCCCAACUUGAGGUGAUGGUCUCAAGAUGCCAGGAGAGUACUGUGAUGAUGGCAAUACAGCCUCAGGCGAUGGCUGUGACAAAUAUUGCCGUAUUGAAAAAGGAGUCAGUUGUUAUGAUGGAACCACUACUACCAAAGAUACUUGUGCUCCAAACUGAGGUGACGGAAUUAAAGUUGCCAAUGAAAACUGUGAUGAUGGCGAUGUUAAUGACCUUGACGGAUGCUCUUCAAUCUGCGAAGUUGAAGCUGGCUGGCUCUGUGACCAAGGCACAGGAGGCCGAGACGACAUCUGCGAAGAAGUUUGAGGAGAUGGUAAAAAUAUGGGUAAUAAACAAUGAGAUGAUAAGAAUAUUUAUAUUGGUGAUGGUUGAGAUCACAUAUGUAUUGUAGAAGCUGGAAUGGCAUGAACAGGUGGUAAUGACACCCAUUAUGACACCUGCACAGAGAAUUGUGGAGAUGGUAGAAAUAUUGGAAUUUUGCCAUGAGAUGAUGGUAAUCCAAGAGAUGGUGAUGGAUGAUCCUCAACUUGCCAAAUUGAGCGGGGGUUCGAUUGACCCAUAGAACCUCAGAGAAAUGAUGUUUUCAACAUUUGAAGAGAGAUUUGUGGUGACGGGUACAAUUUUGAGUAUUUUGAUUGUGACGAUGGAAAUUUAGUCAAUGGAGAUGGAUGAGACAAUAAUUGAGAAGUUGAAGUUGGUUGGAGAUGCUCUUAUGGAAAUAGCACAACUGCUGACUCAUGCUGGCAAAUCCUUCCUUAUAUUACUAAUUACACCCUUCAUCCUGACAAUAGGAUUCUUCAAAUUCACAUCAAUGCAUCUGUAUACUUCACAACAAACUUUACAGUAAACGAUUGGGAAAUUUAUGCAUCGGGACCUCGAGAAAUCUAUGUGCUUGAUUGGAACAUUGAUGAUUUCGAUGAGCUAAGAAUUACAGAGCAUGUACGAGACUUUAAUAUCUCUCUUGACUGGGAUGAUUCUGUGCAGUUCUUUGGAGAAGGGAUAGAUAAAGUUCAUUUCAAUAUCAUUAAUCCGAACAAUACUAGAUCUGAGCAAUUUACUUGGGCCCUCUGGCCCCAGAAUAUGACUAUGGAUGCUUACGGGAUGGAAGCGACUAAUACUUGUGGUGACUCGAAUGCCUUAACUAACAUUACUUGGGCCUUGCUUAUCGUCAUGCUUUGAGUUAAUAUUUUUGCAUUCCUUACAUUUAAGAUAUCCAUGGGGUAUACCUGGAGCUUAGUCUUUGUCCUACAGUAUAUAAACUUUAUUCCUCUAACAAAUGUUUUCUUGCCAUCGUGCUUAAUGUGGUACCAUAAGAAUACAGGAUUGGUCAAUGGUUAUGACCACAUAAUUAGGGAUAACUUCAUUGGAAGAAUGUAUCAUCAUCUCAACUUAUCUCUAAUGACUAGUUACAACUACAGGUUUGAAAGAUAUGGCUAUAUUUACACUUCUUUCCUUGAUAACACAGCUGACAUUCUCAUGUGAUGGGUCUAUGGACUUCUCUUCCUCUGAUUUGUAGUUAUGCUAGCAGAGAUUUGUAGAGAAUGGGACUACUACAAACAUAUGGUGAGAUUGUAUCAAUGGCAUAUGUACUAUAAGGGCUUUAUGGUUCUAUAUCUCAAAGUUAUUCUAUUCUCCACCCUGAACAUACUCAAGUUUAACACAGGGACUGUGAUGAACCAGAUCUCUUCUCUUUUGGCAAUAAUUUUCUUCUGAUUCUUUGUUUCAUACCCUGUAUUUCAUACAAUCUGGGCAUUCAAAUACCGAAAGAAGACACUUGAAGAGAAACAGAAGAGUUUUAUGUUUUCAGAGAUCCUUUUCGACGAGUUUGCUGUGUACAAGUCAAUACAAUUCUUCUACUUCUGGAAAUUCUGAGCCUGAAGAAUUCUAUUUGCCAUUAUGAUCUUGUUCGUUCAGAGCCCAGUUGUACAACUAGGUGUUUUGAAAGGAAUUUUUAUUUUGAAUAUUCUGUGGCUACUAGUAGUCAGGCCAUUCAGAUUCUACAUAAGAAUGUUUCACUCAGUAAUGAACGAUGUAGGAGGAUUGGUCUUACUUGGCCUUCACUACAAUUUCAUGUGGGAAGGAAUGUCCAAUGAGGAGUAUUAUCAAUAUGCUCAAUAUUGUAUGAGAGCAAUAAUCGGACUUAUAGUUCUCAACAUCAUAUGUGUAGUUGCUCAUUGGAUCUUUGAGCUCCUCUUUAGACUCUUCCCCUUCUGUUGCCUUGGAGUCAGGAAGAAGCUACAGAAAGCCGAUGCUGAUGAUGAAGAAGUCAAUCCAGAAGCUGAGGUCCUUUCUUCUGAAGAAUCCGUAGAGCCAAAAGUAGUGAUACAACCUCCAGUUGAAAUAGUCAUUCCAGCUGCAGGAGUCUUAGUUGAAAAAGGACAGGAGUAUCAGAUGCAACAAGACAUCGUUGUUGAAAAAGAGAAGAAGAAAAUGCCCAAGGAGGAGUUUAAAGAAGCUUCUGAAAUCAAGCCAUCAAAUGUUGACAAUGAUGAUGAAGAUUUAGUCAUCGAUCAAAAGAAGACCCCAACAGGCCUCAAUAACACCUACAACGCUACCGGAACAACUCUAUUCGGCAACACAGGAGGAGGUGCUGGUCUCUUUGAAAGAUAA